CAUGCGCAGUCGGUGUCCUUCACAGGAAGAGUCAGUAGCUAGCAUGCUGGCUAGUUAACUUAGUGGUGUGUUUACUCUGCUCUCCGGACAUGAUGGGGGCUAAAACCAGCACCAUGGUCGCUGGGGUGGCCGGAGCCCUGUUCAUUGGAUACUGCGUUUAUUUUGAUAGAAAACGACGAAGUGACCCGAACUUCAAGAAAAGACUACAAGAACGCAGGAGUAAACAGAAGUCUUCCCAAGAGAAGACUGUCCUAAGGCUACCUGACCUGAAGGAUGCAGAAACUGUACAGAAGUUCUUCCUGGAGGAGAUCCAACUGGGAGAGGAGCUGCUAGCACAAGGAGACUGUGAGACGGGUGUAGACCAUCUAACAAAUGCCAUAGCAGUGUGUGGUCAGCCCCAGCAGCUGCUCCAGGUGCUACAGCAGACUCUGCCUCCUCCAGUGUUCCAGAUGCUGCUCACCAAACUGCCCACCAUCAGCCAGAGAAUCGUGAGUGCUCAGAGUUUGGCAGAAGAUGACGUUGAGUGAAUGAGCUGGUGAGGUUUGUGUGAAACAGUGUGCAACUGCGUGUGUGGCUGUUGACUGGCUGUGUGGCCUUAGUCAAGAUGGCUGCCAUUGGAUGUCUUUCUCACCAACCAGGACAUCGGCUGACUGUACCCCUCCCCCCAUGCCCCAGUGCUAUAUAAGAAGUCCUGUCCGUGUCCCCUCUUCAGUCUACUGUAAAUCAUUUCCUAUGCAGUAGCCCUCAAUUCAGAUUCUAAUAUCUUGACAAACUAAAUGUGUUGUAUUAUUUGUGUAAAUCAUUUCCUAUGCAGUAGCCCUCAAUUCAGAUUCUAAUAUCUUGACAAACUAAAUGUGUUGUAUUAUUUAGCCUAAAAGUGUUUGUUUUUUUGUUUUUUGUAACUCAUACUCUAGAUUAAGCAUCAUUUCAAAAUGUGGUGCCGCAGAGGACAUUUUCCCUAUUUAUACAUGAAACACUACGUAAAGAGGUUGGCUCUGUUUGUCCCUGUCAUGUAUGUCCACUGUGAGGUGGACGCUAUCUUUUAUUAGGUCGAUUGUUUUCUAAGAUGUCAGUGGAAUAUAUCAUUUUUUUUUGUAAUUCUGAAAUCAAGUCAUGAAAUAAAAAUGUGAGAAUGUA